CUUCCAUCCAUCAACAAGCCUUUAAAUUCCUUACUUUCUUAAUUAAUUUGAAAUUCUUUCAUAACUACUCCACUCUUCUAUUUCUAACUUCAGAAAACAUUCAAACAAUGGCCAUUCGCCAGAUUCUAAGGCGGUCGUUGUCCAAUGAAAGAAGGUCGGCUGAAGUUCCAAAAGGGCACGUUGCCGUCUAUGUUGGUGAUAACGAAAAGAAGCGCUUUGUGAUUCCAGUCUCAUACUUGAACCAUCCUUCGUUUCAAGAAUUGCUCUUUCAAGCUGAGGAAGAAUUCGGGUUCAAUCACCCGAUGGGUGGCCUCACCAUUCCUUGCAGCGAGGACAUAUUCGUAGAUUUCAUCUCUGGUUUGAGCAGAAGAUGAAUUGUAGCAAUAAUGUUUUAGGAGUAGAAUUUUGCAGAUUAGAAAAUGUAUCCUCUGAGAAUAUAUUAGAAUGUACACCAAACAAAUUAUUGAGAAACUUUUGUUUCCUUAA